UAUUUUAUUAAUCGAACUCAAGGAGCGUUCGCCCUAAUUCUCUCUCGGGCCCGAAAAUCGAGGAGCCGACAAACAACAUCUCUCUCGACGCCGGUGAGGCCUUUGGCCGCCGGCGUCGGGCCAUAUGCUCUAUCUCCUGCUAUUUAUCGUCUUCAAAUCGCUCAUCACCGUGUUCUAAUCGUUUCCGCCGCUCAUGUCUACGUUUCGAAGUCUGCGACACAAGAUCCGUGACUUUCUGGGGGUCUCCCCACUUCUCCAUCAUGCCGGUCAGCUUCAGUCACCCCCAAACCUUUAGAUCGACGCCUCUUCAACAGUGUCGUCCGCCAUCUCCACCACAUCCAGUGCUCGGUCGCGGUAAUCUAUACCCUUGUGUAUGUGGGAUUCCACUGUUUUCCAAGGUUUUAGUACCAAUAUCGUGCUACCUGAUAAGGACGAACUCCACCCGGACCUCUCUCACCAGAUCCAGCUUGACAAACGCAGAUGUUGACGGUCCUCUCCGGGAUUCCGAGGAGAUCCACUGUGCCGCUCUUCCACUCUGUAUGUUUGUAGGACCCAUUUUCUCCGGUGAUCUAAGCUCGCCUCUCGCUGAAGCGCAUCGUCCCUCUCAAGACUGCUGCGUAUCCAUCGCCGCCGGAGUUUCCAUCUCUAAGGUCUGUAUCCUUUCCUUCCCGUCACUCAAUCGAUCGUCUUUUGCUGGGCCAAAGGUGAUCACUAAUUGGGCCUGGACUGCUAAGUUCCCUUAUUAUGAUAGCCCACAAACCAGUUACACAAAACCAAGAAAUACGGUACUGCUUUUGAAGGAUUUCUGGUGGGUUCACCGGGGUCUUAAAUUUGCGGAUAAUGGCAUAUUAUCUUGUUGAGAAGAAUUUAACGUUGGAUUCACCGAGACAGUUUCCAUUUCACUCUUCCACAUCUUCCGAAGAGAUGAUUUUUCCACCAUACCUUCUUCCCAUGGAAGAUGAUUUCUCGGCUUCGCUGUCGAGUUUCGGUUUAAGCUUUAUCACCGGUUUGUUAUCUUGCGUAGCGGUCUGUACGGGGCCAGAAGAUACAACCGAGAUUACCAUGUGUUGUCUCGUAGAUGAGGGUUGUUCCUCAACGUCACAUUAUGUGACUAAGUUUCAGCUGUCCGACUAUGUCGGGUAUGCCCCAUCGACGCAUCCAAGCCUUGUCUUGAAUUCGCUGUCAUCUUCCUUUGAAGAUUUAUCUUUCUUAAUUGGGUUUGUUAUUGUAGUUUAUGUUUUUAUCAAAGAGGAUGGAUAAUUUCCUCUUGUAUUUGUACUCAAGAAAGUUGAUGAAUGAAAGUUGGUUGUGUUUCAAAAAAAAAAUAUAUAUUUUAUUAAUCUGUGUA